AUGCUGCACCAAUUCUUGACCUACAAGAAUCUCAUACUCCACCUCUCACUCUCUCUCACCCUCACUCUCCUCCUCACCUUCCUCAAACUCCCCAUCUUCUUCCUCUACAACCUCCACACCUACAUCCACCCCGAUCACAUCCCGCCCGGCUCCGCCCGCGCCGCCAUCCGCCGACCCGACUCCGAUUCAUCCAACCCGGAGCUCCGGAAACGGCCCAAGUCCAAAUCCAAGAACACCAACAAAGCCCCGGAUUUCGAUGAAAACAACGCCCAGAUCUUCCGCCUCAAGCUCGACGAGGCCCACCUCCAGACCCGCCUCUACUUCCCGGACUACUCCAACGCCUUCACCUUCUCCGUCGUCGCCGUCUCCUCCCUCGGACUCCAAAUCUACCUAAACCCUGACUCCUCUUCUUCCUCCGAUUCUGAUUCUUCUUCCGAUUUUCUGAUCAACGCGAGUUUUGUUCCGGUGCUGCUAGGUUUCGCCGCGGUUUCGAAGCUGGUGGCGGUUUUAGGGAAAGUCUCGGCGGAGAAAUCGGCGUCGAGGAGGUCGGAGAAGCAGCUGAGCGCGGUGUUCGGGGUUGUGGGACUAGUGGUGGCAAGCUUAUUAUCUUUUAAGUACAGUCCGUCGGUUUUGGAUUUUGAUUUCGAGGCGGUUGAUGGGAAUGGUAGGCUGUUUGUUGCGGUUUCGAUGGGGUGUUUGGCCGGUUUCUUGUUCAUGCCGGCGGCGAAGAGUGCCAGGGCGUUUUGGCUCGGGACUGAUCAGAUUAGGUCGGAUUUGUCAAUGCUUUCGUGUGAGUGGUUUGGGAGAAUGGUGCUUUAUGUGAAUCAUGGGAUGAUUGUGUUUACGGUUUUGUUGUGGAUCAAUCCGUUGGGUGGGAUGCUUGUGAACAAGAAUGGGAAGGUUCGAAAUGCAGAGGGUUUGUUUGGGAAUGUAGGGUUUACGGCUUCGGAUUUUGGUAAAUUUAGGCUUUGUUGCUUGCUGGUUUCGUGUUUUAUGCAGCUUGUUGCUUUGCGGCCAAAUUUGCAAAUGUAUUUGAAUGAGGCAUUGUUGUGUUGGUAUCAGAGAUUGCAUGCUGGGAAGGUUCCUGACUUGGAGUACAGUAGGGCGAAGGUGUUUUUGCACAAUCACUACUUGUGCCUAGUGGUUUUGCAGUUUCUGGCACCGCCAGUUCUGUUGCUUUUGUUUCUUGGGCUGUCUCGGGUUGAGGGCAUUUCUUCGGAUGAUUACCAAUAUGCUUGUAGUAUACUACCAUGUUCUGCAUUUGUGAGAGAAGUAGCGGUCUUUUUGGCUUGGUGGAUUCUGUUUGUUUGGGCCGUUUAUAGCUCAGCUGCCAUUUUUCUGUAUCGUUGCUGCAUUUUGUACAUGUCUUGAUGACUUAGAUGUGUCGUUUCAACCUUGAAGAUUGAUGGUUUUGGAUUUCUGACGAAUUUUGAGUGCGAGUGUUGUGCUGCUUGUAACAGGAUUUCCAUUUACUUAACAGCAUCUGUGAUUUGACUUCAGGGCAUAGAGAAAAGAGAAUCAAACACAUUAU